UUUCUCCCUCAGUGUUUCUUUGGCUGUCAGACUUGAGGUGCUGAGGGAAGGGAGUGCCUAGGCAGAACGCGCAGCAAGACAGCUAUGGCUCAGACAGCUCAGCCGGAAAAUCUCAAAGGUCUUUCCUACCCUUCUAGAGCUUCUGGGCAAGGAGGGCGGGAUCUUGGUUCCAGGGUCUCAGUACCCCCUGUGCCAUUUGAGCUGCUUGUGCUCAUCAUCUCUAUUAAUAACUACCCCCCUCCCCCACUGCCAGUGCUGCACCCACGCCUGCCCAGCUCAUGUUCUCCGGUCACAGCAGCUCAGUCCUCCAAAGCUGCUGGACCCCAGGGAGAGCUGACCACUGCCUAAACAGCCGGCUGACUCCACCUCCACAAUGCCACUCUCAGGAACUCCAGCCCCCAACAAGAAGAGGAAAUCCAGUAAGCUGAUCAUGGAACUCACUGGAGGUAGGGAUAUUUUCAUCUACCUAGAAUGGGAUUUAUUCUUAAGAGCAUCAUUGGCUGGUCAGGAUCACUUCCAGAAGUUCCUUCCUACAGUGGGGGGACAGCUUGGCACAGCUGGUCAGGGAUUCUCCUACAGCAAGGGCAGCAACAUCAGAGGCCAGGCAGGGGGCAGUGGCUCUGCUGGACAGUAUGGCUCUAACCAGCAGCACCAUCAGGAUUCUAGGUCUGGAGCUGGGGAUACAGGCCAUCCAGGGGGCCAGGCUGGGAGAGGAGGAGCUGCUGGCACAGCAGGGGUUGGUGAGACAGGAUCAGGAGACCAGGCAGGUGGAGAAGGAAAACAUAUUACCGUGUUCAAGACCUAUAUUUCUCCAUGGGAGCGAGCCAUGGGUGUUGACCCUCAGGAAAAAAGGGAACUUGGCAUUGACCUACUGGCCUAUGGAGCCAAAGCUGAACUCCCCCAAUAUAAAUCUUUCAACAGGACGGCAAUGCCGUAUGGUGGAUAUGAGAAGGCCUCCAAACGCAUGACCUUCCAGAUGCCUAAGCUUGACCUGGGGCCCCUGCUGAGUGAACCUCUGCUCCUGUACAGCCAGAACCUCUCCAACAGGCCUUCUUUCAAUCGAACCCCUAUUCCCUGGCUGAGCUCUGGGGAGCCUGUAGACUACCAUGUGGAUGUUGGCAUCCCCUUAGAUGGAGAAACAGAGGAGCUCUGAGCUAUUUCCUCCUCUAAUUUGCAUCAAGUUUCCUCUCUCUGGUUCCAAUUUGGAGAGAGAAUGCUGAGCAGGAUACCCCCACUGUUAAUCCAGUGUCCUUGUGGGAAUGCAGGAAAAAAGGAGAGAGAUAUCUGCCUUUCCAUCCUUCCUCCAAGUCCCCACUCCAAGCAUCCUUCCUUGCCAACUCAGAGCUCCCCUUUCACUUGCUCCAUAUGGAAUCUGCUCUUUUAUGGAAUUUGCUCUGCCAUCAGUAACAGUCAAUAAACUUCAAGAAAAUGAA